AGCUAGAGCAUAUAGAACUGAAGUAUUCCAAUAUUUCUUCAAUCAUGUUAAAGAUGCCAGUGAUGAAGUGUUGCCAUGGCUUGACAAUCAUCAUAAAUUUUUAUGGAUGAGAAGUGCAUUUAACCCUAUAUUCAAGUGUGAUUACAUAACCAACAACCUUGCUGAAUGUUUUAACAAUUGGAUUAAGGACUGGAAGGACCUUCCUGUUUGUGAGCUUGCUGAUAAAAUUAGGGAGAAGUUAAUGGUACUGUGGAGGAAGAGAAGGCAGAUUGGACAAAAGCUUAAUGGGAGGAUUUUACCAACAAUCAUUCGUCAGUUGAAAAUGAAAACCAGAAACUUGGGUCACUUGACAGUUAUCAGCUCUGAUAGUAUUGCUGCAGAGAUAUGGGAAGUGAAUACCAUCCAUAACAGGCAUGUAGUGAGGACUUAUCUCCAUGAGUGCACAUGCAUGGAGUGGCAACACACUGGCAAGCCAUGUCAGCAUGCUUUGGCUUUGAUUACAGCUCAAGAAACUGUGGAUGUGGAUCUUGAGCCAUUUGUCCAUGAGUAUUUUUCAGUUGAAAAUUUCAGAAAUGCAUACAAGAGAUUAAUAGAGCCACUGCCAGAUAAAACUCAGUGGCCACAAGUGCAACUUGCAUCUAGAGUUGAGGGACCAUUGGACAAAAAGGGUGCUGGGAGAUACAGGAAGCUGCGGAUAAAGGGUUGUCUUGAAGGAGGAAGUGGUGGCAAAGGGAAAAAGGCUACCAAGGAGGCUGCCAAGGAGGCUGAUAAUGCUGCUGCCGAAGAGGAGGCUAUGCAAGCUGGUAAACCUAAGAGGCAAUUAAUACGAGGGCAAAGAACGUGCAAGGGGUGUGGAGAAUUAGGACACACUGCAUCCAGCUACAAAUGUCGGCUAAAUGGGACCAAGAAAAGGAAGAGGAACCCUAGGACAAAUACUACCAAGUAUGGGAAGAACGGGGAAAGGAAGUCAAGUCAAAAAGCUCCUGUGCAUGCUCCAGUCGAACAAGAAAAUGCUCUUAUGCAGCCUGCUGUGCAUCAAGAAAGUGCUCUAGUGAUUCCAGAAAACACUCCUGUGCAUCAUCCUUUGCAUCAAGAAAGUGCUCUAGUGAUUCCAGAUGUUGCUCCUGUGCAGCCAAACAAUGUCGCUCAAGCUGAAAAUGAUGUGCCAAGUAAACUUGCAGAAAUACUUGGAGGAGGGACAAGUACAUUGCUAAAUCGUUUUUCGCCAAAGAAGCAAGCUAGAACUACACCAAAACCAAGGAAGAAGCCUGCAAAUAUACCAAUUGGGAUGCUAGUGAAGAAGUUGACUCCAAGGAAGCCGAAGACAACCUGAGAUGUCAUUUAUUAUCUGAACCUAUGUAUCAUGUUAUGUUAUCUGAACCUAUGUAUUUUGCUUCUGUUAUCUGGACAACCUGCUCGAUGAACUUGUGUUGCUGUAACUUAAA